AUGGUGAAGUUUGUUCUCACGGGCGUCACUGGUCAGUUAGGAUCGAAAGUGUUCAGACAUCUUCUUGAUCUUGUACCAGCUUCUGACAUCGCGGUUAUGGUUCGUAAUACAUCGAAAAUUCCACCCGAAAUUACCUCUUCCAAUGUCGAAAUUCGUGAGGGUGAUUUCAGUAAACCUGAACUCUUAGACAUUGCUUUCAAAGAUGCUGAAAGAUUACUGCUCGUCUCAGUGCCCAGUAUUGAACAUGAAUUUCGUGUCAAACAUCAUGUCAUCGCCAUCGAUGCAGCGAAACGAGCAAAUGUUAAACAUGUCUAUUAUACUUCUCUCAUGUUUGGUACUGAUACACAAGGUCAUCUGAUCGAUAGUGUGGCUCAUGUCAUGCAAGCUCAUCUCGAUACAGAAGCAUAUCUGAAGAAAAGUGGCUUAACAUAUACGAUAUUACGCGAAGGUCUAUACUCGGAAAGUUAUUCACUGUAUACUGGCUUUUUUAAUCAUGUAAACGAUCACGAAGUAUGCGUCCCAGGUGACGGUCCGAUUGCUUGGGUAUGUAUCGAUGAUCUUGGUGAAGGAACUGCAAAAUUGAUGGCAAAGGGCGGAUAUGAACAAGAAACUUUGCUACUUACCGGUUCAACAUCGAUCACGAUUUCAGGUGUUAGUGAGAUAUUUGCAAAGAUUCUUCAACGCCCAAUCACUUUUCGAGUCGUCUCUGUUAACGAUUAUGUUGAACAACACAAACAACCACAUUCAACACCACCUUAUCCAACUGGCGAUGAAGAUUUUUUACGAAAGUGGGCGACGACUUUCAAGGCAUUGGAAAGAGAGGAGGCAGCUGUCGUUGAUCCUCUUCUACAACAGAUCCUUGGUAGAGAACUAGUGCCGUUAAAAAAUACUUUAACGAAACUAUUUCAAUCCGAUGAAAAUUCAUAA